UAUAAAAAGAGCCAGAAAAAAAAGGCAAAUACAAUCUCCCGUCUUAGUAUACACGCUAGCUAUUUUGAUACGUCUAGUUAUAUAAUAUAAGUGCAAACCAAGGGGGGAGAAAGUGGGAAGCCGAUAAAAGUUGGGGGCAGAUACGAAACUUCCGAUGAAAUUCUGGAAAGUUGAGUGAGCAGUGACCACUCUAAAUCGUGACACGUGGACAAACAAUAAUGUCUCUUCAGUUUUAUGUGCUGUAGGGGGCUGCUGCGUUAAAUACAGUAUGUCUCAGUAUCCUCGCGUUGCUGGCAUAUAAAUAUCGUAAUUGGUGUGUUACACUCGUAUCCUCCACCCCCACACAUUAUUACCAAAUUAUACCUACUUCACUCCUUCCCUUUCCCCAUAAAAACAAACAUCCAUGAUCGAUUUAAAAGCCUCAAAUAAGCAAAACAUAUACAACUAUGUUUGGGAAAAACUAUUCCGACGCUUUUUCCGGCGUGCCAGAGCUACCGGCAGCAUCGGCCGGCGGUAACGAAGGGGUCAUUCUAGCUUCCGCCAGCCCGAAGAAGCGGGGCGGGCGGAAGAAGGUCCGCGAGACGCGCCACCCGGUGUACCGCGGCGUCCGCCUGAGGAAUUCCGGUAAGUGGGUUUGCGAGGUGAGAGUGCCCAACAACAAAACAAGGAUCUGGCUGGGGACUUUCGCCACCGCAGAAAUGGCGGCGCGUGCGCAUGAUGUAGCCGCCAUUGCGUUGAGAGGCCGGUUGGCUUGCCUGAAUUUCGCCGACUCCACGUGGCGGCUGCCUGUUCCGGCGUCGUGCAGUGCUCAGGACAUUCAAAUGGCUGCGGCGGAGGCAGCUGAGACAUUCAGCCCGGAGUCAGCUUCGUUGAGUAUGGCGGAGGAGGAAGAAGCUGUGUUUGGAAGGGAUAAUGGAUUGAUUUCCGAUAUGUGCGAGGGCUUGAUGAUGUCGCCGCCGCCGCCUCUCUACGAUUAUGGCGUCGAUGUCGAAGCAGAUGAAAUACCACUCUGGAGUUACUCUUUAUAAAUAUAUAUAAUGAGUUUCUGUUUUAUGCAAACAUUAGGAUCCUUUGUUCUACUUUUUUUGGCAAGUGCCAAGGUGAGGAAAGAGGUAUACAAAUAUAGAGAAACAUGUUUCACUCACUCAAAAA